AUGAAAUAUGCAAAUAUAGCAAGAUACUUUACAUUAGGAGCAUACGGAACACAAUUAUUAACAGCUCCAAUAUGGGGUAUAGGUGAUGAUGGGCCGAAUAGAGAUAUACCAAUUAAAUUGUGUGAUGUUACAAGUCUUACAUCGCUGUUUACUAUGCCGUUUACUUCUAUGUUUGCCUUUGGUUAUACGUAUCGAAAAGGUUUCAAUGCUCGUGUUGCUGCAGUACCACUCAUUCCACUUGCAACAUUGGUCACCUCAUUAUCUAUAGUUCGUCCUUAUCUUGAAACACGUUACUCUUCUAAAAAUACCAAGGGUACAUUCAGUUUUGGUCGUAGACACACCAAGUCUCACACCAUUUGCAGAAGAUGUGGAAACAGAAGCUAUCACAUCCAAAAGAAGACUUGCUCUGGUUGUGGAUAUCCAGCUGCCAAGAUCAGAAAAUACAACUGGUCCGUUAAGGCCAUCAGAAGAAAGACCACCGGUACUGGUAGAUGCGCUCAUCUCCGUGAAGUCCAAAAGAGAUUCAACAGUGGUUUCAAGCAAGGUGGGUAA